CUUUCUCGCAAUUUACCGUCUUGGACGCCAUUAUCGUUCCCCGAGACACAGACGUGAUUUCGUGAAAAUUUUCGAGUAGAAAAGCGCCAAAGUAGGAACUUUACAGGUGUAGAAAAUGGCCACGGAUGACCCUGGGUCUGAUGACCUGACAAUUACGUCGCAAACAGGGAUGGUUGUUGACACUAUUACGCUAUCAGACGCUGUACAGAACAUUGGAGACCAAGGAAUCAUCAGCGUCACCGUGGACGCUUCAUCACUGCAUGGCAUUCCGGGACUUACGACACAUACAGGUAUUGAUAUACAAGACAGUGAUGAGCACGACCCCAGGGAUGAUGAACCUCCGUCCAAAAGACUAAAGACAGAAGGGAUCGCUCUAGCCAGUAGUAAUGUUAACAUUAACAGCAAUAUCAACCAUGAUCAAUCCAUCAAGCAAUUACUCUUCACAAUAAAUAAGGCAAUAUGCAUGCGACUAGAUGGUAUUGAAAACAGCAUAGAAAUCUUGAACGGCCGGACGAAAUACCUUGAAGAAAAGGUAGAGGAGCUGGUACAGACAACUAAACAAAGUAAUGGCAUCAUGCCAAACAGUACCCUUGUAUCUCCCAACAACAAUAGAAAAGGUGCUGUGAUUGUGGGAUUACCCCAGGGAGGCAGUAAAGUAGACAACACAGGGCAGGGUGUGAACAAUGGUGACGGUAUACAGAAUAUGGGACUCGGACCUAAUGUAACACUCAUUACCCUCAACUCCGAAGAGGAUUAUCCCAGUGGCACUUGGUUAGGAGAUGAAAGCAAUCCCGAAAUGAGAGUGCGGGUACCAAUUACACCAAGUGACCUUCUUCAUAUACAUUCAAACUGUCGGACGGCCGAAAAGAUGGCGUUAACAAUGCUCGACUACUUAUUUGAUCGUGAGACGCAAGCUUCCUCUAACUUAUCCGGCAUGGGCAAACACGGCAAGCGACAACUCGAUCCUCUGAUGAUCUAUGGUAUCCGAUGCCAUCUUAUACAUAGAUUUGGCGUCAAUGAACCAGACUGGCAUCGAAUCAAACAAAAUGUAGACUCCAAAUGUAGAACAGCAUUUCGCAGGAAACAGAAAGGAAUGCCCCUUACGGUGAAGGCAUUCAGAGGGAAGUCUACCCCGACAUAUAUACAGGUGGGACAAGACGAACUAGGUAGUGAUGAUGAUUCGCUUCAGGAUGCUGAGCUACAUAUACACCAGGGACAGUUAGAUUUAAAACAGACAAUGGCUGCAAUGCAGACUGAGGGCUUACCACCGGGAGAGAUUCAAAUACUACACGCCACACCUGAACAGAUAUCUCAACUGCAGCAGGCUCACCAUAUACAGAUACUCCAGGGAGAUCAAGUCAUCCAAGUCCCUAUGCCUAUGACCCAGACCGAAGAUGGCCUCCAGGUGGCGGUGUCGCUACCACAGUCAGACAGUGUACGAAUGGCCACAGUGACAACAGAGGAUGGCGAGGUCGUACAACUGGCUCAGGUAGAGCCUGGAGUGGCAGAUCAGACUAGCUGAGACCCCACCACCCAUGGAUAGACUGAACAAUGUGAUAUUGCUUGUGUGUGUGACUACCUCUCAUAUGUCUCGGUACUCAACCUGGAGAAAUUUAUCAAAAAUCAUUUAUCAACAGCUCUGGAAUUAAAUUAUUCACUCGAAAAUUGCUGGAAUUUAACUAUCUUGUAUUCUUGAUGAACAGGAGGCUGUUUAUAUCAGGUUCAUUGUGAUGUCAGUUUUUUUUACACCAUUUCAGUUGAUGUAUAUAAUAUAUAUAUAUUUAUAUAUUAAAGUAAUCAUAUAGCUUGAAUGAUGAAUUUGUACAUGUACUAGGUGUAACGAUUGAAGCAGUUCUGUAUAACGGUAAAGUGAUUUUAAAAUGA